GGGGUUGUUGACAUGGGCAGAAACAGUGAGAAACAAGCAGAAACAGCCAGGCUUAGGAGCAGCUUUUCCCAGGCCGGUUUCUCUGUGUGCUGAUUUUCUUUCUCUCUUUUUUCUUGCGAUAAUAAUAUCAAAAUAAUAUAAAUUGUGUUAAUAUUAUUGUUAUAUUUAUUUACUAUUGUUUAAAUAAUAAUUAGAAUAAUCUCUCCCACUUAAUUUGUGUAUAAUUAAUUAUUGAAAGUAAUUGUUGCCGGUUAAUUAUUAUGCUGGAGCGUCGUGUCAGAACUGGAAAUAUACACCCAACGUGAAUCAGACGCCACUCAAGAUUUUUUUUUGUUUUUUAAUUUAUUACCUUUACGAUUUGUUUUUGUGUUUUUUUUUUUAUUAUGUGACUUGAGAGUGAUUUUAUGAUUUAAAGUGAUUCGUUGACAUUUAUUUGUCAUCAAAAGAAAAAAAAAAUAUAUAGGUAUACCUACCUAUAUUAAAUAAUUUUGGAGUAAUUUAAUUUUUGUUUAUUUAACAAUAAUAGAAAUAAAAAAUUAUUAAUUAUUUAUACGUUGAUUAGUGUUUUAAUUAAAUGAUAUUGUUGAGAAAAAUUAUUGUCAAUAAUUUUCAUUGUUUCGGACAACAACGAAAAAAUUUAAUCUUAACAAAUUUAUGCCGGGAGGAAUAAUGAUUGUUUGCAGAUGGUGUUGACAUUACUACAAAAAAGAAACGGAUAAAUAAUUGAAAGGAUGUCGUCAAUGGAAGAUAAAAAACGUGUAGCUGGUUCAAAGGUAUCAGCAAUUGCAAAUAUAUUUCAAUCAAAACCACCUCAUGAUGGUAUACAUCAUCAUCGACCAACGACUAUUCAUCCAGAUGGUUUUAAAGAACCAACAGCACCGUUAAAAGAUUCACCAACACAAGUAACUGUUGUUAGAACAGAGAGUCAUGUUGCAAGAUUUAAUAAUGCAAGAGCGUUAUUUGAGAAGUUGGGAGAAGAAAAUAAAUCAACUAGACCGUCAUCAAAACCACAAAGCUUCUUUGGUUUACGUUCACGUUCAAGUUCAGCAAAUUCUGGAUCUGGUUGUACAUCACCAGAUCGUUCACCACGUCCACGUUCACCAUCACCGCCAGGUAGUUGUAGAGAUCAUUUAAGUAAUUGGAGUGCAAGUGUACCAACAUUAAAUGCUGAACGUCAUUUUGAAAAUGGACAUAAUAUUAAUGAAUAUAAGGAUAAUGAACGUCAAAAAAUACGUAAUUCAAUAACAACAACAACAGUAACAACAACAGCAAUAACAACAAAAUUUGAUAAAAAUUAUGGUAAAGAAAAUCGUCGUGAUGAUAAAAUUGAAAAACCAGAAAGACGAUUAAAUUCAAAAGAGCUAAUUGAAAAACAAAAAAAUUGGACGAGUCAUUUUUCAAAAACACGUCCAAGUCGUUAUAAUUCAGAUCCAAAUAAAUCAAUUGUACAAACAUCAUUACAAAAUCAAAAUUCACAAAGACAUAUAAAUGAUAUUGAUACAUCAAUUGAUUCGGAUUAUCAAGAAAUUGAUUUUAUUAAAAUAAAUGAUACAUGUCAAGCAACAAGAUCAGCAUCAUUUUGUACAUCAAGAUCAUCAGCAUCAAUAUCACCACCACCACCAUUACCACCAACAAGAAAUUCAUCAUUUAUUAAAAAAGAUAAUCCAGCUAGUCCAGAAUAUGCAACAGUUAAUAAAUCAUUUGAUACAUCACCAACAGUACCAGAAUAUGCUGUUGUACAAAAACCUAAAAUUAAAACUGACAGCACAAUGCCAGAAUAUGCAACUGUACAAAAACCAUUAGGAUCAAAAAAAAAUUUAGAUAAUUCUAAAAUAAUACAAAAUAACGAUAUUAAUGAUUCUUGUAAAAAUAAAAAUUCUAGUCCAAAUCAACAAUUAUUAACAACACAAGAAAAAUUAAAAGACACUCAUUCAAUAAUACAAGAAAUUAUAAAAUCUAAUAAUGAUGAUAAUAAUGAUGAUGAAGAAGAUGAUGAUUAUGCAUAUCCAGCUAGUCCAAUUAAAGGGCCACCAAAAACAUCAGAAUGGAAAAAUGUAUGGCUUGCAACAAAUGAAGAAAUAUUGAAAAAUGUUAAUGAAUUAAAAAGUGGUGAUGCUGAGAGACCAAGUUCAAGACCCGAUUGGGCAAAACCAAAAAUUGAAGAUACAACGACAACAACAACAACAACAAAAACAACAACAACAACAACAACAACAACAUAUGAAAAAAUUAAAAUUGAAUCUGAUAAUGAACUUAGACCACCAUCAGUUGGUACUGAUAGUGCUUCAUCAAGUAUGAGUUCACCUAGUUCACCAUCAAAAGAUUCAAAAGAAGAAAAAGCUGAGAAAGAAUUACCAGAAAAAUUACAAGGACGAAAUAGCUAUGAUUUGGAACAAGAGUUAACAAGUAAAUCAAACAUUCCACCUCCAGCGUCUUUUAUUGAAAAAAAAUAUAAAGAAGAAGAAGAAGAAAAAGAGAGACCUAAACAAAUAGAAAUCGAUGAUAAUGAUGAUGAAGAAGAAGAAGUAUGUGGUGGUAUUGCUGAAAAAUUUGUUGAAACUGAUGCAGCAACUGUUGUUCGUCGUUCACACGUUCGAAUGGAUAUAACAUCAGUUGGUAUUGGCAAUCGUCCACCAUCAGUUAUAAGUACAGAUCAAGAAUUUCUUCCUCUUGAACAUAAAGAUAUACCAAUACCAUCACCAUAUGCAAAACGUUAUCAAGAAAAUAAAAAUGAUGAAUCUAAAAAAAAUUCACGCGUUGCUGCUGUUAAAAAUGCUCUUGAAAAAGAUAAUAAUAAUAUUAUAAUAAAUGAAAUAAAGUGCCAAAAAAAAGUAUCAAAUGCUAAAAAUGAUCAAAUUAAAACAUCAAUAUGUAAAAAAUUAGCUAAAAAUAAAGGUGAAGUUUGUGAUAAACGUAAUAGUUUUACUGAAAUUGAAAAAACAACACCACCACCAAUUGAAUUUGCAAAUGAAACAAUUGAUUUACAAGAUAAAUUAAAAAAUACAAUAAUUAAAACAAAUUUAGAUGAAAAAAUAACAAUUGAUAAUGAUAAAGAUGAUAAAGAUGACAAGGAUAAUGAUGAUGAUAAAGAACAAAAAAAAACAACUUGGGAAUUAGAAAAACAAAAAAUUGAUCAAUUAGUUGCAAUAAGAACAUCAGAAAAUUUAAAUGAUACAACAAAUAAAAUUGAUAUAACAAUAUCAAAAAUAACAAUUUCACAUGUUGAUAAUGAUGAAACUGAAAAUAGUUUAAUUGAAGAUACUGAUUCAUCUGAAUCAAAAACAAUAACAAAUAUUGAUAUAUCAAAAAAUAAAAUUGAUAAUAAUACAACAAAUAAAAAAUUAAUAAAAACAUCACCAAAGAAUAAUACAAUAAUACCUUGUGUAACGACACCAGAUACAAUGACUGCUGAUGAAGCUGAAAAUUUACUGAGUUCAAAAAUAUUAGAAAAAAAAAUACGUCAAGGUUCAGCAUUAUUAUCAGAUGAGGAGGCUCAAGAAAUAUCCCGUCUUUUAUCACCAAAUACUGAGGAUAAAGUUGAAAAAGAAAAAGAAAAAAAUGAGAAAGAAGACUUAGACAAUACACCUGAUUGGUUAUCUGAUGUUUUAUCUGUUCAAGAUUCAAGUAUAAUAGCUAGUACUCAAGAUUGUAGUUUAUCACAAAGAUCAAGAAGUGAUUUAACAAUUGAUUCAUUGACUGAAAGUCAAAUUGGUUCAGUAACUGGUAGUGAAAGUGGUUUAUUAGGUUCAGUUAGUAGUUUAAAUGAUACACAUGGAACAAAUGAUGAUACUGAAACAGAAGGACGUGAUGAUUUUACACCUGUACCAGGUAAAAUAAUACUAAUUGAAAAUGGAAGACAUUUUUUUGAAGAUGGACAUUUUUGGAUGGAAGUUGAGGGUCUGCCAGAAUCAGAUGACGAUGAUGAUAAUACUACACAAAAUAUUAUCAUUAAAAAAAGUGGUAAAGUAUCAUUUGAUUGUGGUCCAAUGAGAGUUUAUUCAACACAUUCAGUAUCUGAUUAUGAUAGAAGAAAUGAAGAAGUUGAUCCAGUUGCAGCGAGUGCUGAAUAUGAAUUAGAAAAAAGAGUUGAAAAAAUGGAAGUAUUUCCAGUUGAAUUAAUGAAAGGACCAGAGGGCCUUGGUUUAAGUAUUAUUGGUAUGGGUGUUGGUGCUGAUGCUGGAUUAGAAAAACUUGGUAUAUUUGUUAAAACAAUAACAGAAAAAGGUGCAGCAUCAAGAGAAGGAAGAAUUCAAGUUAAUGAUCAAAUUGUUGAAGUUGAUGGUAAAUCAUUAGUUGGUGUUACACAAGCAUAUGCUGCACAAGUACUAAGAAAUACAUCGGGUUUAGUAAGAUUUGUCAUUGGGCGUGAAAGAGAUCCAAAAAAUUCGGAAGUUGCUAUGUUGAUAAGACAAAGUUUACAAGCAGAUAUGGAACGAGAACAAGCUACAACUAAUAAUAAUACAAAUAGACGAUUAAAUUUUUCUGAUACAUCAUUGGAAGAUCAACAACGUGAAAAUUAUCCAAUUGGUGCUCUUGAAGGAAUGGGUGGUAUACCUGGAUCACCAGCAAUGUCAUCAUGCUCAGAAGGUGAACCACCUCAAAGUCCAAUUGAUAAUUAUAUGACACCAAGUCGUAGUAGAUCACCAAUAAUUAGCUCAUCUGGAGGACAUCCACCAGCAACCCAAAGUGAUGUUGAUAAUCUUCGUGCACUUUUACAAGAGAAACAAUAUGCGCUGACGCUUGCUGAUGCUGAAGCAGAAAAAUUAAAAGCAAAGCUCGUUGAAUUGGAAAAUAGUGGAGCUGGAAGUGAAGAAUAUGCAGCAAAAUUACGUGAAACAAGACUGAGACUUCAUGAAUCUGAACGUGCACUGGGUGCGUCACGUCUUGAAUUAUCAACAACAAAAGAAAUGCUGUCACAGGCAACAGCACAAAAUUCAUCAAUGCAACAAAAAUAUGCACGUGCUAGACGAGCUGCUCGUGAACUUAGAACGGAUAUUGUUGCUAGAGAUGAAUUUUAUCAACAAUUGUUACAAGAAAAAGAUACCGAGUAUAAUGCACUUGUUAAAACAUUAAAAGAUCGGGUUAUUAAAUUGGAGCUGGAACUUACUGAAACUCACACAAGAUUUGGUCUACCAGUGAGAUUACCCUAUGACGGUUCAACAAAAAAUAUUGUAACACCACAAUUGUCACGUCGUCAAUUACCACCACCACCAUCAUCAGCUAGCUGUCAAUUAUCUGACACAGAGACAUCAGAUUUGAGUAGUCCAGAUGACGGUGAUAAAACAGCAACAGUUGAACGUAAAUUACCUCUACCAGUACCAAUUAAAGAGGAACUUGAUCGUGCUGUACCAGCACAUCGUCUUUUAAAUAAUGCUGCUGGUAAAAGUAAAGCUGAAUUGGCAAGUCGUGGUGGUCUUGCUAAUCGUCAAUUACCAAAAAGAUCUGGUGGUUUAAGUAAUAGUAGUUCUGAUUAUGGUCUAGAUGAAUCUGGUGAUAAUACAGAUACAGAAGAUUCAUCGAAAAUAAGUGCAUCACAUGAUAUUAGUAUACGUUCAGCAAGUGAAUCAAUAAAACAUUCAAAUUUAAGUUCAUACUCAAGUAGUUCAUCAAUAAGUUCACAGAAAAGUAAACAAUUAUUUGAAACAACAACAAUACGUCAACAUUCAACAAUAAGUUCACAAGUACGUGCAAUGACUGAACAAAAUUGGUUACCAAAUCAAAAAAGUUUAACUGGGCCACCAGCAACACUUGCUGAACAACUUAAACAAGUAUUAGCUGAACGUGAAAGACGUCUUGGUGGAAAUGAUAAUAUAUCAUCAUCACGUGAAAGUUCGGGUGAUUUUACUGAAUUUAAUAAUCAACAUACAAAUAAUCCAACAAUGGUUACACAAAAUCUUGUUGAAGAAAUACGUCAAGCUGUUAAUGAAGCAAGUCAACGAGUUAAAAAAGUAUCAGUACCAAUGUUAACUGGUACUAGUGGUAAUACACCAUGGCAUCAUCAAGCUGGUUCACCAUCAAGUCUAUCAUCUGGUGGUUCAAUAAGUCCAACAGCUGUUGAUCCUAGUCCAAGUAAAAUUGGUAGUGUUGAUUCUGGUGAAGUAUGGAUGCCACCAAAUACUGGUGAAUUUGGAUUAGAUAUGAAAUCAUUAUUUUGGCAAACAUCAUGCACAUCUGAUUGGUCUAAAGAACAAGUUUCAAAAUGGUUAACUGGUAUUGGAUUAGAAUGUUAUUCAACACGUUUUAUUGAAAAUAAUAUAAAUGGCAGUAAUUUAUUACGUCUUGAAUCAAGAGAUUUAAAAACACUUAAUAUCACUGGUGAUGAUAAAGUACAUUUUAAACGUAAAUUAAAAGAGCUUAGAGCACAAGCUGAACGUGAACGUAAAGAACGUAAAGAAAUUGAAAGAAUGAGAAGAAAAGCUGAAAAAGCUGCUAAAAAAAAAUAAAGCUAAACAAUAUAACAUAAAAAUACAAAAUUAAAACAUUGAUUAUUUGUUUUUUUUUGUUUUUUAAAUUAUAUUGCGUGUUUUAAAAAAUAUAACAUUUGUAAAACUUAUUAAUGCAAAUUUUAGUGCUACUCAUAGUGGUACCUUCACGCGAGUGUCCCGGGUG